GAGAAUUACGAAAUGUUGCAGAACGUAUGCAUGCUUUUUUGAAGUUAACCUGAACUUCUCUUCAAAACAACAAUCAAGAUUUUUAACUUGUUUUACAAAAUACUGAAUAUAUUGUUAUUUUAAAUUAUCAUCAUGACUAGGAAGAAAAGAGAAUUUGAACAGAGUAAGGAGGAACGUAUGGUCAUGACUAUUGGAGAAAUUAUACAAGAGCUAUUAAAGGCACAUGCUGCGAAUAAAGAUGUUGAUUUAAAUAAAUUGAAAACUCGGAUCGCUUCCAAAUAUGGCUUAGAAGCUUCACCGAGAUUGGUGGAUAUUAUAGCAGCUGUGCCAGUUGAUGCAAGAAACGUAUUAGUACCAAAAUUAAAAGCAAAACCUAUUAGAACUGCUAGUGGAAUAGCUGUUGUGGCUGUAAUGUGUAAACCACACAGAUGCCCUCACAUCAAUAUGACAGGGAACAUUUGUGUAUAUUGUCCUGGUGGACCUGAUUCAGAUUUUGAAUAUUCUACGCAAUCUUAUACUGGUUAUGAACCUACAUCUAUGAGAGCCAUACGUGCAAGAUAUAACCCAUUUCUACAAACCAGACAUCGUGUUGAACAGCUGAAGCAAUUAGGACAUAGUGUAGAUAAAAUUGAAUUUAUUGUUAUGGGAGGAACCUUCAUGUCUUUACCAGAGGACUACAGAGACUUUUUCAUUCGAAAUUUACAUGAUGCAUUGUCAGGCCAUGUUAGUAGCAAUGUUGAUGAAGCAGUAAAAUAUUCAGAAAGAAGUAAAACAAAAUGUAUUGGCAUUACUAUAGAAACUCGACCUGAUUAUUGUCUUAAAAAGCAUCUCUCUGAUAUGCUACGUUAUGGAUGCACCCGUUUAGAAAUUGGCGUACAAUCCGUGUAUGAAGAUGUGGCACGAGAUACUAAUAGAGGACAUACUGUUCGGGCAGUAUGUGAAAGCUUCCAGUUAUCUAAAGAUGCUGGCUUCAAAGUAAUAGCACACAUGAUGCCUGAUUUACCAAAUGUCGAUAUCGAAAGAGACGUUAAUCAAUUUAUUGAAUUCUUUGAAAAUCCUGCUUUUAGAGCAGAUGGAUUGAAAAUUUAUCCAACGUUGGUAAUACGAGGUACAGGCUUGUAUGAGUUAUGGAAAACUGGAAGAUAUAAAAGUUAUCCACCAAGUGUAUUGGUGGAUCUUAUAGCCCGUAUUUUAGCUCUAAUACCACCUUGGACUCGUGUAUAUCGUGUACAAAGAGAUAUACCUAUGCCUUUGGUCAGUUCAGGCGUAGAACAUGGAAAUUUGCGUGAAUUAGCAUUGGCAAGAAUGAAAGAUUUAGGAACUGAUUGCCGCGACGUUAGAACUCGUGAAGUAGGAAUUCAAGAAAUACACCAUAAAAUACAGCCUUACGAAGUGGAACUUAUACGACGCGAUUAUGUUGCUAAUGGUGGAUGGGAAACAUUUUUAUCAUACGAAGAUCCUACACAAGAUAUUUUAGUUGGAUUAUUGAGGUUGAGGAAAUGUUCCAAUGACACGUUUAGGCCAGAACUUAAAGAUAGAUGUUCAAUAGUGAGAGAACUUCAUGUUUAUGGCAGCGUUGUUCCUGUAAAUGCUCGUGAUCCCACAAAGUUUCAACAUCAAGGCUUUGGGAUGUUAUUAAUGGAAGAAGCUGAACGGAUAGCUAGAGAAGAACAUCAGUCACUCAAAAUAGCUGUUAUAUCAGGUGUUGGUACAAGAAAUUAUUACAGAAAGAUGGGUUACGAGUUGGACGGUCCGUAUAUGUCGAAAAUGCUUACAGAUUGCAAAUAAACGCGAACUAAUUUACACACCAAAAAUUAAGUGUAAUUAUUAUUCAACUUUUAUUUAAUAUUAUUUGUUAUAUCUUUCUUUAAUUUUAUAUCAGUACAAUAGGAAAGUUAAGUUUAAUGAACAAAGAGGCAUUCAUAUUUGGACACAAAUGCUGAAAGUAUUUUUCAUUUUAAUUUCCACCGCUAAUAGCACUGGUAUGUAGUUCCAGUCCCAAUAGAUACGGCAGGAAUUGAUAAGAAAAAGGAAUCUUGUGACACAAAAUAUAAACAAAGAUCAUUAGAUCUCAAAAUCCCUGGAAUUCCGUUAUCUUUAUAUCGAACCAUUCUCAGAUUCGAAUGUCCGUAAAUCCUUACAUCUUAAUAUACCUAAGACCAAAAAACCGUAGAUCCCAAUAUUUUUUGGUUCUUAUAUCACUAGAUACUAAAAUGCUUAGAUCUUGAAAUUCCUAGAUAUCAAAAUAUUUAGGUUCCAAAAUUCUUGAGUGUAAAAAUGUCUGAAUCUCGAAAUCUGUAGAUACCAAAGUGUCUAAAUUCUAAAAUCCCUAAGUUCUAAUAGUUUAAGACAUCCUCCUAUCUCGUAUUCUUGAUUAUCAAAGUAGGAAGAAAAUUUUGGAAUCAAAAUGUUUUCCAAAAGAUAAGCGUCGUGCUUGACAGAUCCUCGGUAGAUGUCACUAUAGGUUGGCCGCUAUAUUGAUCAAGUUAGAUUUUCUAAGGACGCAUGUUGAUAAGAUCACGUAUUUGUCGAUUGUAUAAGAAAUUUGUUACAAUAUCAACAUUCGUCGGGACGAUUUUUGCGAGGUUCGCCAUCGCGCGCCAUCGUUGGAUCGUAACUUUUCGCUUAUGACGUCAUUUGUGAAUUACACAAGCGUCACCGCUCAGUCUGUUGUGGAAAAUUUCGUCGAAUUCAUGGCAGCGCCGAACGAACUCUGUU